AUGAAUAUGGUGAUUGACGACCUUAGGCCUUUUCAAAAGGGUUGGACAAUUACGGUUACCAUUGUUCGAAAAUUUUACAUACAAAAUGUGACAAACAGAAAAGGGGAACCAUUGAGAAUCAUGAAAUUCAUAGUGCUCGACACAAAGGGAGUUUGUAUUCAAGUCAAUCUGUUUAACGACUUGAUUGAAAAGUUUGGAGACAUGUUGGAAAAGGGAAAAACAUAUGCGAUCAAUGAUGGAAACAUCAAACCAAUUGAUGUGAGAUACAUGAAUGUUCAUUCCAAAAUUGAGAUAUCAUUAUCUCAAAACAGCAAGGUGAAAGAAAUUGAAGGAGAAACAUUCUUUCUCACGAAACAAGAUUUUUGCAAUUUUGAAUCGGUUCUCGAUUAUCAGAGCAUAGAUGUGAUAGGUGGAGUUGUACAAAUAAAACCUAUAAUUUUCAGAAAGACUCGUGAUGGAAAUUAUUCAAAGAAAAGGGAAGUUCUACUUAUGGACAAUAAGCUGAAUACAAUAAAAUUGACACUGUGGGACGAUUUAGCGGAAAAUGAAGGGCAAUAUCUAGAAGAAAAUGGCAAGACACAAACCGUGAUUCUAAUCACAAAUGUCAGACCUAACCAAUUUGAAGGUGAGGUUAGCAUAUCAUCUUCAAAUAUUAGUGUAGUUGCCAUAAAUCCAUUGUUGAAUGAAACUGAGACAUUGAAGUGCAGGAUGCAUACUCUUACGGAAGACAAGAAAUUGAGGGAUCUUUUAUAUCCGUCAAAGAAAUUGAUGGAAGCAAAAGAAGUAAGCAUGGAUGAUGUUAUCAAAGGAAAAGUAUGA